AUGUACACAAGAUCAGCCAAACAAUCAAAAGCUGCUACGAUCGCGUCUUUUAAAAUAUCUCAUAUAUUGGCAAAACACAAGAAAGCAUUCGAAGAUGGAUCGGUUUUAAUGGAAGCGGGUGAGACUUUAUUUGGAGAUUUUAAAAAUAAAACAUUAUUCAUGUCUGCUAUUAGAAAACUUCAGUUAUCUCGUCUGACUGUCACAAGGCGUAUUGAAGUCAUAAGUCAGGACAUGGCAGAUAAACUAAAACAUGAUAUAAUGGAAUGUACAUACUUUUCUUUACAGUUUGACGAAUCAACCGAUAUGACUGACACUGUCCAGCUGUGUAUUUUUAUUCGGAUGGUAUUCAAUUACAUGUUGGCUAAGGAAGAAUUUUUGACAUUUUUUUCUCUGAAGGGGAAGACCCCUUGCAACGGCGGCUCUUUAAGUUGCAGUUGGAAGAUAGCUGAACACACUGAUUUAGUUCUUCACACGGACGUCAGGUGGUUGAGUCGCGGAAAAUUCCUAGAAAGGUUUCAAGAAUUAUUGCCCGAAAUAACAGCUUUUCUAGACGAAAGAGGUGAUGACACUCAGAUGUUGAAAAACGAAAAAUGGCUGACUGAUUUGACAUUUUUGACUGACAUCACAAUGCACUUAAACACCAUUAACUUGGAGCUUCAAGGUAAAGGAAAAACUAUUAUUGAGAUGAUUAGCGCAGUAAACGCAUUCAAAAGUAAAUUGCAACUUAUGAUAGAUCAACUGAGAAGAAAGGAUCUGAAACAUUUUCCGUCUUUGAAAGCAAGGAUUCCUCAAUUGAAUUAUGAUACGUAUGAGGCUGAAUUAUCAAAUAUUUUGGGACAAUUCGAAAUGCGUUUUUAUGUUUGCAGUAAAUUGGCAAAUAUAGCAUCAUUUAUGACUUAUCCUUUUUCAUGUAAGAACAUUGAGGAAUUAGCUACAGAAAUAGCAACUCAGUUUAAUAUGAACUCAUGUUCUGAUGAAAAUGAGUUGGUGCAGAUUAUAUCAGAUAUACAUCUCAAAGCUACAGCAUCUGAUACAAAUUUCUGGUGUUUUAUAUCUGAAGAUAAAUAUCCGAAUCUAAGAAAAAUCGCCCUUCAACUGACGGCAAUGUUUGGGUCAACUUACUUGUGCGAGUCUGCAUUUUGUGAAAUGAAGAUAAUUAAGUCAAAAUAUCGCAAUCGACUAACUGACAAUCGUAUGUCAUCAUGCUUGCGAUUAGCACUUAGUGGUUAUGUACCAUCUUAUGAAAAUCUUAACGGGGUCAACUACAACCACAACAAAGUCCACACUUUCGCUCCACACGCAUUCGGGGGACCUCGGUCCUUAGAGUUCGUGUCGGGUGACAGGAGUAUUGUCUAG